CCACCGCAACCACUACUGCCACCAGACCUCAUGCAGCGACUAACCAUUUGUGAGCAAUGACAGAGCCAGAUUGGGCCAAAAGGAUAGGAGUGGGAAACUUCAGAACCUGCUCAUAUUUCUGUGGAUGUGAAAGGAUUUGUAUAACACAUUCAGAUUUGAUGGAUUUUCCCAUGUUUGGUGUGGACAACAGUUUUUUGUUGACAUUUUCUAAUAAUGAGGCUCUUAUGUGUAGGGUCCCUUUUUCACUUGUGGUGCUGAGCUCUGUUUUCAGUUGUCAUGUAGGGAUGCAGUGCAAACCAUUCCCUCGUCUGUCUCAGGCUUAUGGAGAAGCACUGACUUGCUGGCUUCCAGGAACCACGGUGCUGAAAUGGAGCAUACAUUUUGGAUCCCUUUAAUUUUCAGUCAGAUCUUCUCAGCGGGAGCUCAGUUCAAUGGAUACAAUUGUGAUGCCAACUUUCAUAGUCGAUUUCCUGCUGAGAGGGAUAUCAGUGUGUACUGUGGGGUUCAGACCAUCACGCUCAAGGUCAACUUUUGCCCAGUUCUUUUCUCCGGCUACACUGAUUCAGACUUGGCUCUAAAUGGUCGACAUGGAGAUGCCCACUGUAGAGGAUUUAUUAAUAACAACACAUUUCCUACUGUUGUGAUCUUUAGUAUCAGCCUGGCAACACUGGAGUCUUGUGGAAAUGCCUUGGUGGUGUCCACAGCUCAGGGACAAAAUGCAUAUGGGAAUCUGUCUCUGGUGCAACUUGGAAACAUAUCAGGGUAUAUUGACACCCCUGACCCUCCUACCAUCAUCAGCUAUCUGCCAGGGUUGCUUUACAAGUACAGUUGCAAUUAUCCCCUGGAAUAUCUGGUCAACAACACACAGCUGGCCUCGUCAGCUGCUGCAAUCUCAGUGAAAGAAAGCAAUGGUACUUUCAUCAGCACGCUGAAUCUGCUGCUUUACAAUGACUCAUCGUACAUUCAGCAGCUGUCCGUUCCUGUGGCAGGACUGACCCUGAAGACCAGGGUGUUUGCAGCUGUCAAAGCCACUAAUCUGGACAGGAGAUGGAAUGUUCUAAUGGACUACUGUUACACUACGCCCUCUGGAAACCCGAAUGAUGAGCUUCGCUACGACCUUUUCUUUAGCUGUCAUAAGGACCAGCAGACCACCGUCUUUGAGAAUGGGAAGAGCCAAAUGGGUCGCUUUGCCUUCGAAGUAUUUCGUUUUGUCAAGCACAAGAACCAGAAGAUGUCCACCGUGUUUCUGCACUGUGUUACCAAGCUAUGUCGAGCAGAUGACUGUCCCUUGCUCAUGCCAAUCUGUGAUAGCAGGAGAAAGGGAGAUGUCUCGGAAGGAAAACAACCAAGCAAGUCCUCAAGAAAUGCUGUUCUCACUGCGGGACCCAUCAUCACUCAAAGUGAUGAAAUACCAACUAAUAAUUCUCAGCUGGCCCUUCUGAACGCUCCAGAGUUUCAAAUGAACACAGUGACCACCAUACUCAUCUCAGGAGUGAUCAUCGUGGGAGUUAUAAGCAUUUGCUUCUUCCUUUUCUCCCUUGUGCUCCUGAAAAUCAGAGGUUCUCCUGUCACUAGUGAGUCUGAUGCCCGAAACGCGGCUUUCAGUUGAGCUCUGGAACUCAGCAAACAACAGGUUCUUCUCCCAAUGCUGAGCAAGAGGACACAAGAGACAAGAUACUUUUGCAUGUAGUUGUUUAAAAGAAUAAUACAAAUGUUGAUGUCAUGGCUGAAAAUGAGCAUUAAUUUAGAAAUAUUGUACAACAUUGUAUAUAUCAUGAUACCUCAGAUAUACAGAUUAUUUCAUUCUUUGGGGAUAGGGAUUAAUGACUGUUCUGCAUGACAGUUAUGGAUUGUAUAAUCUAUUAAACGUCAAUCUUUUGAA